UAUAAAUUCAAGAAGAAAAGUUCUUUUCUGGCCUCAAUAAGUGUUGGGGAAAAAUAUGGUUAGGUUAGGACAAAUUGGCACAAACUGCUGUGCAAAGUAUGGGUGACAUUGAUUCGUCCGUUAAAGAGAUAUUUGAGGAUAAGUUGCGCAACGAAUUUUGGACGCACCAUAAAAUGGUGGUACCGUACUAAACAUUAUGGUGUCCUGCUCUUUCGUCGUUAGCUAUCAGUUCAAGUUUUCUAAGUACUUGUUCUUGGUCUAUCCCUCCCUUUCUUUAGAGUAAAAAACAAUGAGACACUCUUUUGAGAGUGAAAAACAGGGCGACACUCAGAACACAACAUAAAAGUGAAUACAUUAGUAAUUAAAAAGCGAAUGCACACACAGUCAACAGUGUAGUUUUAAACUUGUAAGACUACAACAUGCCCAUUCACAGUUUCCUUGUUCGCUUCCUGAUUCCUGCUUCACUUCACAUUCACACACUUCACACUUCACACCACUGAUCCGGCGACACAACUUUCUUGGGGCCUACCUGCUCGACUCGCUCAAGUGAACUAAUCUUCGUCGCCUCUAGAGACGCGAGGAAGCGUUUUGGGAAAGCAUGAAAUGUGGGAAUGGACUAGAUCUAGUAUCACUCAGGCAAAAUAGUUGAUGCUACAGUAGAAAAGAGCUGCUGACUUACUUCAGUCAUUUUAGUAGGGGGCCACGAGAAGGCAGGAUAAGAUUAAGGACUUCAACUUUCAACUUUAAAACUGUGACAUGACAAACUUUUCAGAGCAGUUUAUAUUAGAUUCUCAGCUGACCCAAAACAACCCUCCAAUUCCUUAUUCUUUUAUAAGUUUUGCUGAAAAAGUUGCAAAUUCAAAUACAGCAACCAACAUUCUAGAUCUAGAUCUAGAUCUAGAGUAAUCUAAUGCAAAGUGGGACAAGAUGUAAAUAAGGAUAAGAAGUUUGGUUUCCCUGUUCUCACUUAACCCCAAGUGCCUUUUUAAGCGGCUGAAAAGAAACAACUAUCUUAUUUUCCACUCUCUCAAUGUUGUGUUGGAGGAGAAGAUGCUUACGGACAGUGGCAGUGCUUCUUCUUGUUCUUUUCCUUACAGGAUUUUUCUUCACUUCAUAUCAUGUGUUUUACACUCUUGAACUGCUGCCAUGGAAUCCACCAGUGAGUCAGUGGUGCAAAAAUGAAGAAAUUUCACCUGCCCUUUGGCAGCCAGUAGAGAAGGAGAUGACGAUUGUCACCAUGUUUAUUGACCUGGGUGUUUUCAAGAAAGGAGAUCAACCUCUGUCUUACCACUCCCCUUAUAAAUACCGACGAUGGAUGAGGACAUUUGGCAAAAUAGCAAAUCACGUUGUUGCUUUUAUUGAGAAAGAUGAGGAUGUAGAAUACUUUAGAGAAAUCCGAUCCUGCCUUCCACCCCGCUUGACAAAAGUAAUCAAGGUCAAUCGAGAGGAGCUGCCAUCCUUUAAACACCUUUCACGGAUCGCUGAGAUUUAUGCUGAUCCAAGUUACCCAAAGCACUACCCCAAUACAGUGAGCGCAGAGUACACCUGUGCCAUGCAUGCUAAAUAUGAUGCUCUGGAAAAAGCCAGCACCGACGACACCUUUAAGAACCCCUAUAUAGCCUGGGUGGAUGUCGGACUUUUUCGAAAUCUCGAUGGAACCAAGUACCGACCCUUCAAGUUGAUCCCUCCGCAGACUUUCGAUAAGACAGCAGUUGGAUUCUCCUAUGUUUGGCCCCAAAGAAGCGAGUCCUCCGUGCACACAAUUAUGAGACAAAACUUGGUGUGGUUAGCUGGUGGCUUAGUGUUAGCCAAACGAGAGGUAAUGCUAAAAUUCACUCAAGACUAUCAGGCAGCUGUGGAGGAGUUGCUUCACCGAGGUUUGUCCAACACAGACCAGGAAGUGAUAGCGUCAAUGUACUCUCCGGAAAUGCUGAAGGAGGACUACAUCAAGAAUGCCAGUUCCGUAGCUAGAGUUUGCCCGUGGUUAGAAAAAGGACGGUAUCAAGUGAGUUAAAGUUCUUGAAAACUACAAUAAUAUUCACACUUGAGCAAAGACAUAAAUCCAUGACUGUAUACCCAUACUUUAACACUGACAUAAAUUAUGCAUGCUCAUACUUUUGCACGUUCAAACGUACACUUGCACACAUGUAGGCCUAGCUAGACUCACACAAGCAUACAUUUAAAAAAUUUGUUUCAGGUGGUGUGUAUUCACAAGUAGUAUAUUUGUGCGUAAGUGUAGUGCCAAUCUAAAAGAAGUCAGGAUCAUCAGGCAGGGUGUUCAGGCAGGAUGUUUAGUGGAGAGGAAAAUGAUCCUGAUAUAGAAAGGAAAGUUCUUUCAUUUAGCAGGUAGGCGUAUUGAUUUUGUUCUGUUUUGUUGUAGCGUUAAUUGACAACCGCCUGCCACAACAAGUAGGCCUAAUGGAUAAUAAUUGAUCAUCACGUUUGAAGCCGGCCUUGCCACUCUUAGCUCAUCUUUUCAUUUCAUCUGUCAACUUGGCCAUCUACUUUUUAUAGAUAAUUUUGGUUUUGAAUUUUAUAGAAGGAAAAAAGGUUUUCAUUCCACACCUUCUGCAACCAACAUCAUGUAUUGGUACAAUACUUAAUUGUUUGAAAUGAAGCGCAUAGAUUUUAUUUUCCAUUUGCAUCAUGAAGGAGUUAUAUAUUUGUAUUUUUCUCACUUAUUUUUCCCAAGUCAGCCAUUAAAUUUGUUGCUCAUUUUCAUCAAUUUAUUCCCUACACCGUGCACAUGGCUUAUAGCUAUAGUCUCUUACACUUCAUGCAUAAUUUUUUUUAUUGGUACUUAACAAAUGCUUGAAUUAGAACUUAUCAAAUUUCACCUUUGUUUUACCUAUUGUUGCUCUAACUUUUCACACUGAUCUCUUAAUCCAUUAGUCAUGAGCCUGGUGCUAUUUUUUGUGCAAUUGUUUCUCAAAAUGUGUAUUUGAGAAAGAGCUUGUUUAUAGUCUGCAGUUCCUUGUACCUGAUAUAGUUAGAGGUUUGUUUAGUUAUAGAGCUGCAUACUUUGUACUUAAUGUUUGAUCCAAGAAUCUUAUCCCUAACCUUAACCCUCAGUCUAACCCUAUCUGUAACCCUAACCUUCAGAGAUGUUGAAAGAGCAAAUACAGGAGAAAUUAUCUAAGACGGCCAUCCAUUGUCAAGGAGAAAAGUUGUUGUCUUAGACAGGUGAACGUCUUGGAUAGGUGUCAUUAUAAUAUAUAGAUAAAACUCAUGUUGGAAGUCAGAAGUGGCUGUUUGUACAGGUAAUUGAGACAGGUGGCCUUCAAAACAGGCUCGACUGCACUCUGUUUAGGCAGCGAUAUAGUCCUAUUAUGUGUCUCCUAACUCUAUCAAUAAAAUCAACAUCAGCUUCUAUUAAUUACAUUAUUAUACUAUAACAAAUAGACCUAACCAUUGUUAUUCAUUCUUAUACUGAUCCAUUUAAAUGUUGGAAUAUCAUUGUACCUACUCACUCACAUUUUCUUAGUUAAUGAUUGUUAGAUAUGAAUAAGAUCACUAACAUGGCACCCAAAAAAGGGACACGGGACAACAAAAAAAGAACGAACAUCAGCUGCCAUUAUUUACUGCGUAUGUUUUUAAUACAGCUUUGUAUGUCUUACAAGUAGUCAGGAUAUUUUUCUCAAAGUUGGCGUUUGCUCAUGAUUAUUUCCAAGUUAUAUAUGAAGUGAAAUGUCAGACCUAAAGCUGUUGGGAACUUGAUGACAUAUUGUCAGCCAGCUCUUCAGAUAUAGAAAGCCUGAAAUUUUUAAUUAAUAAAUUAUUAUUUUUUUCAGUUUCUUAAUGAUAUUGUUUGAGUAUAUCGGAGAAAUGUUUUGUCAAAAUUCAAAUUCUAAAUGUUGAGGAAAAAGAAAGCAUGUGUUAACGGAAUGAAACAGUUUUGUUUUUUUGUCUCCCCAAAAGAAUUUUGCUUUCUUGGUUUAGUACAAUAGAACUGUUUGCCAACAAUGUUUUCUCUGUUCAUGUCAUUGCACUUUUGAGGUGAACCAAAGCUGCCUUAUCUGAAUAUAUGCACACGUUAGUGUGUGCCCAGAUUACAUUGAUGAGUUAAAUCUGAACAAAUAAGUGUUAUUUUGUCAGCCCUUCAAGUCAUAUAUAUUAUAUAUAUGUAUAUUUAGUUAACCUUAUGCCCUUCAGGCCAUGGUUUACCUUGAACCUUUCGAACCAUGUCUAUUUUACCCAGGUCAUUCAAGGCAUGUUCAAUUUGCGUUAGGCCCUUCAUGUUUAAUUAACAUUAGGCCGUUUAAGGCAUAUUUGAUUAACAUACGGCCCUUCAAGGCAUGUUCAUCAUACCUUAGGAUUUUCUGGCCGUGCUUCACCUUGGACCCUUUCUGUCUCUCUGUCACUGUCUCUCUCUCUCGUGGGAGAAAAUGGUCACGUUGUGUGUUGUGCACCGUAUGCAGUGUGUACCUCUGGCAAUCAGUUCGUUCGCUGUCGGUAUGGCGCUGCAAAUUUACUUCAGGACCGUACAACUCGGACAGUUGGCGGUGUGAAAGCAUGAAUACUUGUAGGCCUACUAUGUUUUAUAUAUUUAUAUAUUGUUUAGGCACUCCUUUUCGUACAAUACUGAUGAAGAAUCCACAUUCAACAAAGUUGACCCCCCCCCCUACAACAAAGUGAAAAAAACGUCCACCGUUUUUGUUUUUUUAAAGAAAAAUAUACAAACUUAUACUUAUAUCCCAACACUCACUAAAUCAAUGCCAAACGUGGACCUUGAAUAAGACAUUAGAGCAAAGAAUUACAUUUGAAAUGCGAUGCCUUAGAAAAGCAGUAAAAAA